AUGCCUCAUCAGUACGGCAUACCGGGGUACGGGCAGGCUCCGCCGAGUCCCCCGACACAUCACGGCGGCAGUGGUGCACUGUUGCCACGUCUCGGUGCCGGAGGGGCCGUAAUUCCGGUGACCCCCAACAAUAACGGCGGUUCCGGCAUGGGGCCGGCAACGUCACCCAUCUUCCGCAGCCAGAUCGAGGAGCGGCGAUUGACGCGGGAAGCGAUGGAAAAGUAUCUACGCGAUCGCAACAACAUGGUCAUUGUUAUACUGCAUGCGAAGGUCGCCCAAAAAUCGUACGGCAACGAGAAGCGCUUCUUCUGUCCACCGCCCUGCAUCUACCUGUUCGGCGAGGGCUGGCGAUUGCGCAAGGAACAGAUGCUACGCCGUGGCGAAAGUGAACAGUCCACCCAACUUUGUGCCUUCAUCGGAAUCGGCAGUCCGGAGCAGGAAAUGCAACCGCUCGAUCUGAACAACCCGAAACAGUACUGUGCGGCCAAAACGCUGUUCAUUUCCGAUUCGGACAAGCGCAAACACUUUAUGCUGUCGGUGAAGAUGUUCUACGGCAGCGGACACGAUAUCGGUGUGUUCCAGUCCAAGCGCAUCAAGGUCAUAUCGAAGCCCUCGAAGAAGAAGCAAUCGCUAAAGAAUGCCGAUUUGUGUAUUGCGAGCGGCACGAAGGUUGCCCUGUUCAAUCGAUUACGGUCGCAAACCGUCUCGACGCGAUACCUGCACGUGGAAGAUGGACACUUUCAUGCCAGCUCAACGCAAUGGGGUGCCUUUACGAUCCAUCUGCUGGAUGAUAACGAGAGUGAAUCGGAAGAGUUUCAGGUUCGCGAUGGAUACGUACACUAUGGUGCGACGGUAAAGCUCGUUUGCUCUGUCACUGGGAUGGCUCUGCCACGGUUGGUCAUACGCAAGGUGGACAAGCAGAUGGCACUGCUAGAGGCAGAUGAUCCCGUAUCGCAGCUGCACAAAUGCGCCUUUCACAUGAAGGACACGGAGCGGAUGUAUCUGUGCCUGUCGCAGGAAAAGAUCAUCCAAUUCCAAGCAUCUCCAUGCCCGAAGGAACCGAACAAGGAGAUGAUCAAUGACGGUGCCUGCUGGACGAUCAUCUCCACCGACAAGGCGGAAUACCAGUUCUACGAAGGCAUGGGCCCGGUUCGAACGCCGGUGACGCCCGUGCCAAUCGUGAACUCGCUACACCUCAACGGGGGAGCCGAUGUGGCGAUGCUGGAAAUUACUGGCGACAACUUUACACCCUCACUGCAGGCCUGGUUCGGUGAUGUCGAGGCGGAAACGAUGUAUCGCUGCGCUGAAUCACUGCUGUGCGUUGUGCCGGACAUUUCGCAAUUUCGCGGUGAAUGGUCAUGGGUUCGUCAACCCACGCAAGUGCCUAUUUCGCUGGUGCGUAACGAUGGAAUCAUUUACGCGACUGGUCUCACCUUCACCUAUACGCCUGAACCAGGACCGAGGCCACCCUGUCCUGGUGCGGAAGAUGUCCUGCGUCGGGGGUCAACCGGUACACUGGCGGUGGUGGCCAACUCCAAUAGUAAUAACAGUAACAGUAGCAGCAACAAUAGUAACAGUGCAUCGGUCGUUAACCAGCAAGGUGGUCCAACUGCCGGCACAUUGCCCUCCAUUGCGGAUGUGAGUUGGAGUUCGCACGGGGGUGGGCUACCGUAA